UUCACAUCGCAGUUUGGAGCCGUGUUAUUACCGGGUUAUUCCCGGGUUGGUGCCUUUCACACUGAACCCGGUUCGCCCUGUGAAAACAUUUGUGAUGUCAUUAUAAAUGGACUUUUCUGUCUCCUAUUGAUGAGGUUGCAAAGGUAUUACAAGGAGGGGCUGGGGAGUGCUCAGUAGUGCAGCAAUCAUGGCCGACACAGCACAUGUCUCUAUAGAGUUUGUGAUAGUCUCAGCUGUACUACUCUUGGAUUCAGCCUGUGAGAGGAUAUUUGAGCUUCUCACAUUCUGUAGCUUGUUCAGCAGCUAUGUUAUGAGGAGGAGGAGGCUGCAGUAUUUGAGAGACACCACCAUUCGUCGUCGGCAAUACCUGCGCAGGAGGAGAUCGUUUAUAUCUGCUUCUGUGACCACCAUACUCAACCUUAACCACAGUACUCAACGAAAAUUGUGGUCUAGAGAACGGCAGCAUGGGCAAGUUUUUAUGCAAAGUGUACUGAACUUUCAGGAUGUUCAGUGGAAGUGUCACUUCAGGAUGUCACGUCACACAUUCCACUAUCUUUUGGAUUUAAUGUCCCCAGCACUCUCUAGACAGACCACAAACUUCAGGUCACCAAUAGAGCCAAGCAGGAGGCUAGCUAUAGCAUUGUGGUGGUAUGCCACUCCCGGUGAAUAUCGCACAAUUGCUUGCCUGUUUGGUGUGGGGAUAUCUACCGUGUGCACCAUUGUACAUGAAGUGACCAAAGCAUUGGUGGACAACCUAUACCACCGAUUUAUAUCUCUUCCGCAAGGCCAGCGUUUGGAUGAAACAAUUGUGGGAUUUGUGGAGUCUGGAUAUCCGCAGUGUGCAGGUGCAAUUGAUGGUACCCACAUCCCUAUAAUCGCACCUCAUGAUAAUCAUGCCGACUACUACAACAGAAAGGGAUGGCAUUCCAUUGUUUUGCAAGCUGUGGUGGAUCAUAAGUAUUGUUUCACUGACGUAUUCAUCGGCUGGCCGGGGCGGUCACAUGACGCUCGAGUUCUUGCAAACUCUGAUCUGUACCGGGUAGCAGAGGACAAGCAAGGGGGCUACCUUUUUCCAAGAGAGAAAUCCAAAUUUGUGGACGGAGUGGAGAUACCGGUACACAUAAUUGGUGAUGCAGCCUACCCGUUACGACGAUGGCUCAUGAAGGGGUUCACCCAACAUGUCCAGCUGAGCCCCAAUCAAAUUACAUAUACACACACCCUGAGCUCGGCAAGAAUGGUGGUUGAAAAUGCCUUUGGACGAUUAAAAGGACGUUGGCGCUGUCUUAUGAAGCGCAAUGAUGUAGACAUUAAUAUCAUGCCUAACAUUGUUGCAGCAUGUUGUAUUCUGCAUAACUUAUGUGAGUUUCAGAGGGAGGAAUUCCUACCAGAGUGGACAGUGCAGGCCACUGCUGCGUACCCUGCCCUUGAUUGUGAGGCCUAUUUGGGCGACCAUUCUGGUAGUGCAGAACAGAUGAGGUCUGCUAUAAUGGCCAACCUUCCCUCAUUACUCCGUUAAUUUUUCUCAGUUUGUAUAUUGUAUAUAUUGUUGUUGUUCCAAAAAAAAAACCUGUUUAGUUGACAUUCUGCUACUGUGUCGAUACAAAUGUACAACAUCAAUAUCCAAUUUGAAAUGGAUGUAUCAAGCAUUUUGUUUGUUUGUAAGUCAAAAUAGGACAAGUCCAAAGAUUAACAAAAGGUCAGAGACCGUAGAAUUUUAAUUUGUAUAAAACUUUGGAAAAUAAAGUAGUGCAAUCGUUACAGUAACAAGUCAAACAAGUAAUAGUGCAGUAAAAACACUCCUAUGAAUUUAAAACCAACCUUUUUUUAAAAACAAUAAUAUUUAAGUUAAAUUACGAUAAACAGGAGACUCUGUUGUUGUCUCCGUUUCAGAAGGUGAUUGGGUGUGUUGAGGUUGUGUAUGUCGAGGAUGGGUAUAGUGAGUUGGAGUUGUUGGAGGUGGGGUUUGUUGGGGUUGGUUAUGGCGAGCAUGGGUAUGGUGUGGCGUUGGUUGAGGUGUGGUAUGAUUAUAGUAGG